GUCGAGCCGCACAGUUCAAGUUCAAGUGCAACGAUGUGGUUCACUCCGAUGGUGGUUGGGUGCCUGCUAGGCUGCCUUGCGCCGGACGCUUUGGGAUACAAGAGCUGCGCUCCGGAAAAGCAUUGUGUGCCCUCCGAGCAGUGCAACGAGGGUCUCAUGGUGGACGGGCACUUCUAUCCGGAUCGCAGCAGAACCAUGUUGGAUGAGCAGUGCCAUUAUAUGGAGAAGUGCUGCAAUGCCCACGAAACGCUCCCCACAGCCAGAACUCUGGAGGGAGCGAACUCCUGGCAAUGCGGAGGACGUCAUGAUCUUUGGUACUAUCUCCGCCCGUUGGGGUACAAGCAGCAGGAGGCGAAAUUCGGCGAGUUCCCGUGGCUGGUGGCCAUUUAUGGGGCCGAUGGUUAUCUGUGCAGUGGAGCCCUCAUAUCACCCCAAGCUGUCCUUACCACGGCUCGUUGCGUGCAGAACGAGACUGCCGAGAAUCUUCGCCUGGUGGCAGGAGAAUGGGAUGCCGCCGUACAGCUGGAGCCGCAGCCCCAUCAGACCCGUGGGGCGGCCGAGUUGCUGCUGCAUCCCAAUUAUACGCAGACACCAGUGGCCCACAACAUAGCAGUGCUGCUGGUGGCUAAGGAGACGCCUCCCUUCGAGCUGGCACCCAAUGUGCAGUUGAUUUGCUUGCCUCCGCCCCAGAUGGUGUACAAUUACAGCCAGUGCUAUGUUUCCGGCUGGCGUCGAAGCGAUUUCGGUGGUUCCGUGACCCUGCCCAAGCGCUGGACUCUCUACGCCCUGCCGCGGGAUCAGUGCAUGGCGAAACUACGGCUGUCCUACCUGGGUCGUCGGUACUCCCUCAAUGACACGCUGCUCUGCGCUGGCGGGGACAAGGGGGACUUUGUCUGUGGCGAUGGCGGCAUGGAUGGAGUGCCCCUGAUGUGUCCGCUCCCUGGCCACGACGAUCGCUUCGUUUUGGCCGGCCUGCUGGCCAGGCCUGGGCGCUGCGAAGGCCCGCAGCUGCUUGGAAUUUACACGAACUUGCAGUUCUACAGACAGUGGAUAGACCAGAAGCUCAGGGAACGCGAUCUCGACAUACGGCAGUACAUGGUGUAACCAGAUUGGGUAUCGUAUCGACUGUAAGCCAAACCCAUAUAAACAAUGAUUAUUCCAACGAAAAACUA